AUGGCCUCCCUGCCAACGAUUCUCCCAGCUCGAGCCGUACUGUGCCGUGAUUGUUUGAGUCUGAGCCUGGGUCUUAAGGCGAUUUCAAGAUCGAGGUCAAGACCCUCGUCGCCGCUACAUUCCCAAACAAGAUGGAUUGGCGACAAAUAUCUCAAGAAGCAACAAGAUGCCGAGGAGGCCUGGGCGGCCCAGGCCAAGAAAAUAGAGGCCGGGACGGUAAAGCACCUUUUUGACGAGCUGCAGGAUAGGGGUUUCGUCAAAGACGUUGUAGGCACCAAGGAGCUUAUACGCGAGACGAUGACGCAAAAACGAGUCGCUGCAUACGCGGGAGUGGACCCUACAGCCAGCUCACUCCAUCUCGGCCAUCUCUUACCGUUCAUGCCAUUGUUCUGGAUGUACAUGCACGGAUAUGGCGCCUUCACUCUCGUCGGAGGCUCGACCGCCCGAAUAGGAGAUCCCACCGGCAGGACUGACAGCCGUCCGCAAUUGGAGAGAAAAGACCUGGUCCAGAACCUUACCGUCAUCCACUACCAACUUGUCACGAUCUGGAAGCAUGUUGAAAUGGCCUCCCAGAGGUUUGGAUUCGAGAAAGAGUGGGCUUGGAAGCGUGGCAUUGUCAACAACAGUGCCUGGUGGGGCAAGCUCCCGAUGCUAGACGUAGUGAGACGCUUAGGAACCCAGAUGAGGAUGGGACCUUUGCUGUCGCGCGAUAACGUCAAGAAUCGGCUACAAGACGGCUCAGGCAUGUCCUUCGCCGAAUUCUGCUACCCAAUGAUGCAAGCGUGGGACUGGUACGAGCUGCUUAAGCAGCACCGUGUCCAGAUGCAGAUCGGAGGCUCAGACCAGUACGGCAACAUCCUCACAGGUGCCACUUGCGUCAAAGCAUGCGUUGAGAACGAGCCCAACCCGGUUGAAAAGCUUCCCAACGGCGAAUUCGAUCAGCCCGUUGGAUUCACAGUACCCCUCCUGACUGAUUCCUCAGGAGCCAAAUUUGGCAAAAGCGCUGGCAAUGCUCUCUGGCUCGACCCGUUCAAGACCACACCAUACGACCUCUAUGGCUACUUGGUGAGGCGCCGAGACGACGAGGUGGAAAUGCUUCUGAAGCUUUUUACAUUCCACCCUCUCAGCAGAAUUUCGGAGGUUAUGGAGGAGCACCAACUCGACCCACCCAAGCGAGUCGCCCAACAUCUGUUGGCUUACGAGGUCCUCUGGCUGGUUCAUGGACACAAAGUCGCCGCGGAGACACAGGCGCAACAUCAAGCUGUUUACGGCGGCAGAGCAUCAUCGCCACAUUCCUCGGGGGUGCCUCAGGAUUCCACACAGUACAUGGCUGAUCCCGUACAGACAAACCAUAGCAACAGGCCACGGAUAGACGUGAAGUUGCCCAGGCGCGUCCUGAGCCUCACGCUUCCGCGCAUCGUCUACGCAGCGAGUUUUGCCCUGAGUAUAUCCGACGCUGACAGGAUCAUCAAGAAUGGGGGCAUGUAUAUCGGCGGCUCUCCAGGGCAGAAGGGUCACAGCAACGUGGGCAUGAGUCAAGGCCAAUUGCAAUUCACUCCCGCCAAGACGUGGGACCUUGAGACCAAUAAGAGGUUCCUCAUCGACGAUAAGGUCCUUCUGCUACGCAAGGGCAAACACAACAUCCGUUGCAUCGAAUUUGUAUCGGACGAGGAGUGGGACAAAUCGGGACUGGAAUAUCCUGGGCAGCCCAAGACGGGCGAGUUCCGUAAAGCUAUGCAACGACUCAACAAGAUGGCCAAGUCGAAGCAAGGCGCCGAGCCCGUGAACAGCGAUGCUGCUGCAGGUGAGCCACACCAGACAAAUCCUUCGAGCAGGCCACGAGUUUUCAUACCAACUUCACGACCCCAGCUCCAGAUACUUGAACGGAAGAUGAAGAAGAUGUCAGACGGACGGAGGAGCGGUCAGGUUGAGUCGCAGGCAAGGGACAGAGGGUCGAGCGAUGAGUUUGAGUGGUAA